GGCGGCCGCCGUGGCGGCUUUGUGCGCAUGCUCCGUCGCCCGCCCGCCCUGGCCGCUCGCCGCCCGCCCGCCCGACGGAGACGCAGCCCCAGCUAGCUGACUUCAUGUGAAAGAUGGCCAAUGCAGAAGUGAGCGUCCCAGUGGGAGAUGUGGUUGUGGUACCCACUGAAGGAAAUGAAGGGGAGAACCCGGAAGACACUAAAACUCAAGUGAUCUUGCAGUUACAGCCUGUGCAACAAGGGAUUUAUGAAGCUGGGUCGGAGAAUAGUGCAGCAGUUGUAGCCGUAGAGACCCACACAAUACACAAAAUCGAGGAAGGAAUUGAUGCAAGCAGUCUAGAAGGGAACGAGGACAUGGAGAUCGCUUACCCUAUAACCUGCGGGGAGAGUAAAGCUGUCCUCCUCUGGAAGAAGUUUGUGUGUCCAGGAAUCAACGUGAAGUGUGUCAAGUUCAAUGAUCAGCUGAUCAGUCCCAAGCACUUCGUUCACCUGGCUGGCAAGUCCACCCUGAAGGACUGGAAGAGAGCCAUCCGGCUAGGCGGCAUCAUGCUCAGGAAGAUGAUGGACUCUGGACAGAUCGAUUUUUACCAGCAUGACAAAGUUUGCUCCAAUACCUGCAGGAGCACCAAAUUUGACCUCCUGAUCAGCAGUGCGAGGGCUCCAGUGCCAGGACAGCAGACAAGUGUGGUGCAGACCCCCACCUCGGCCGAUGGGAACAUCACACAGAUCGCCAUCUCAGAGGAGAGCAUGGAAGAGGCGGGGCUGGAAUGGAACUCAGCCCUCACCGCUGCUGUCACCAUGGCCACAGAGGAGGGUAUAAAGAAAGAAUCUGAAGAGAUUUCAGAGGACACGUUGAUGUUCUGGAAGGGGAUAGCUGAUGUAGGGUUGAUGGAGGAGGUCGUCUGCAACAUCCAGAAGGAGAUGGAAGAGCUGCUCAGGGGCGUUCAGCAGCGGCUCAUUCAGGCCCCUUUCCAGGUCACAGAUGCUGCUGUUCUAAACAAUGUGGCGAACACAUUUGGCCUAAUGGACACGGUCAAGAGAGUUUUGGACAACAGACGGAAGCAAGUGGAGCAGGGGGAGGAACAGUUUCUCUAUACCCUGGCAGACUUGGAACGGCAGUUGGAGGAGCAAAAAAAGCAAGCCCAAGAUCCCAGACUGAAAUCCCAGACGGUUCAAAAUGUGGUACUGAUGCCUGUGAGCACCCCAAAGCCCCCAAAAAGACCCCGGCUCCAGCGGCCAGCCUCCACCACCGUCCUGAGCCCUUCUCCUGUCCAGCAGCCUCAGUUUACUGUCAUCUCUCCCAUCACCAUCACUCCUGUGGGCCAGUCUUUCUCCAUGGGCAACAUCCCAGUGGCUACCCUCAGCCAGGGCUCCAGUCCUGUGACUGUCCACACACUGCCUUCUGGCCCUCAGCUCUUCCGCUAUGCCACGGUGGUUUCCUCUGCCAAGAGCAACUCACCAGACACAGUGACCAUCCACCCUUCGUCAAGUUUGGCACUGCUAAGCUCCACCUCUAUGCAGGAUGGGAGUUCCCUGGGCAACAUGGCCACCAUGGUGAGCCCCAUGGAGCUGGUGGCCAUGGAGUCCGGCCUGACGUCAGCAAUCCAGGCUGUUGAAAGCACCUCUGAGGAUGGGCAGACCAUCAUUGAAAUCGACCCUGCCCCAGACUCCGAGGCUGACGACACUGAGGGCAAAGCAGUCAUCUUGGAGACAGAGCUGAGGACUGAGGAGAAAGUGGUAGCCGAAAUGGAAGAACACCAGCAUCAGGUCCACAAUGUGGAGAUUGUGGUCUUGGAGGACUGACUGGGGACAGGGCCAAGAGCUGUGUUUUGGUUUGGAAUUUUAAUUAUGUUUAUUUUUAUCAUUGUCCCGCUCAUUUCCACAUAGAACUUUUUUUAAAAAACAAAAAACAAAAACAAAAACAAAAAAAAAAACCAAACUACAAAAUCUCGUUGUAACUGAAAAUGUUGGGUUCCUCCUACUCCCUCAUUGACAAACGGACAGAACGAGCUACCUUUCCAGAAGUUAGAUACAGGUCACCCAGGGUCUGAACCAUCUUUCCCCAAGGAAGGUAAUUGCUUUUAGGGGAGGUGUCAGGUAUCCAGGAAUCCUUUCCUGAGUAGUCUGUCUGUGUAUACACGCAUGGCCUCACUCUUGUAAAGAUGCAUUGACCAGACCCUGGAGCACAGAUCUGACUCCAGAAGAUGACCAGCUCUGCUGUGGAUACAGAAGCACGCUUGCCUCUGUAUCCUGGAUAUGAUGGCCUCAGAUGCUGGUGUGCAAAACUGAAAGAACAGGAAGUUGGCUCUGCUUAGGGCGGAAAGUAGUGUGGUCAGCAGCUCACAGGGGGAGCCCUGUGACAGGGAGGAGUCAAGGAAUGGUCUUCCAGAGGGGCAUCUGAUGCCCCUUGAGCUCUCUGAGGGUUGGGUACCAUUUUCAAUUUCAGAAGAGGACAGAGAUUAUAGAAAGAUACACAGCAAUCAAAAGCUUGUCACAGCUGUGCUUUUGGGAUAGCUCACCUUGCCCCCAGCCUUGUCAAAGCCCUCACCCUCCUCGCCCAGGACUAUCAGUCCAUUCCUUUGCAGACUGUGAUGUGGUAUAAAUUGUUCUAAUUCUUGGACUGUGGCUGUCAUGGAGGUGGGGCUCCAAGGCCAUCAUUUUUCGUUUCUUGACUCCAGGAAUGGCAGAGUCCCGCGUGCAGACCAGCUGCUAUUUUUGGUGGAGCCCUGCAUGUAAGCAUGCAAGUAUGUGUGUGUGUGUGUGUGUGUGUGUGUGUGUACAUGUUUCGGGUUUGGAACCAAAAGCAGUCAUUUCCUUGGUGCUGCCUCUUCUUUUCCUUCCGUCUGCUGGAUCCCACGCUCGGCAGCUUUUGGCAGACAGCAGUGACAGGUGCCUGCCUGCCUUCAUUCUCUUUGCAAGUCUCCUCUUCUGAUACCACAGAUGUUUCUGUGAGAUACAGAACUCAUAAAAUGGCUUAGGCUUGGCAGGGACAACUGGUAACACCUUUCCUGAGGUGUGGACUAGAUGGCUCCUGAGUGAGCUGCACUUCCUGGGAAAGGGACAUUGUAUUUGACAUUGCAAGAAGUAUGACAGGAGUGUCAGUAACGUCUGGGCACGGGGCUUCUUCCUAAAUGCUGUUUGUACAUUCAGAACUACUAGGUCACUCUUUCUGCCGUGAUCCCAUGUCGUUGAUUCUCUUCAUUGUUUGGGGGAGAGUAAGCAGGGUUUCUGAUUUCUUUAAUUACAUUGUUUACUAUGUUAGGGAAAAUAUAGACACUCUCCCGGUGACUUUAUAGGUCAAAAAAGCAUACAGCCUAGGAGUUGGAGGAUUUAUUAUUAUUAUUAAAAGUAAAAUUUUGGCUUUUGUUUAAAAAAAAAAUAGAGAAGGGUGCCUGUCUAAAUCUGUCUUCCUGCCUGCAGGUUUUGAAAACCCUGUAAACAACCGAGAGUUGCACCUUCCAUCUCUUAGAUGGCCAUGUGUCAGCAGGGAAGCAAGCCCUCAGGGAUCACUCUGAGGGCCCUGAAGAGUGCAGCUUCCGAACUCUAUUCAGAUUUGUUUCAGCUUUAAAACCGGACUUUUCUUUUCAGAAUAUUUAAUUAGGCUGGGGACAGAACCGAAUUGGUAAAUGUUCACCUAGCAUGCAUGAAACCCUGGGUUCAGUCUCCAGCAAGAAAUUAACUGGGCAUGGGGGCACAUAUCUUUGAUCCUAACACUUGGGAAAUAGAGACAGGAAUCUUAGAAAUUCAAGGUCAUACAUAGCAAGUUCAAGACCAACCUGGGAUAUAUGAAAUAGUGUCUCAAAAAAUUUUUGUUUAGGACAAGCUUUUGGUGAAAGAAGGCAUUUAUUUCUGCCUUCCUUAGACUUUCUGUUAAUACAUAGGAAUUUUUAUUACACUUAUUUAUCUGUGUGUGUGUGUGUGUGCGUGCGUGUGUGAUGGUGAGCUUGCUACGGUAUGUAUGUGAAGAUCAGAGAACAACCUGCAGGAGUCUGUUCUCACCUUCCACCAUGUGGGUCCUGGGAAUUGAACUCAGGUUGCCAGGCUUGGUGGUAAGCACCCUCAUCCAUUGAGCCAUCUUGCCUGCUCUAAAAGUUUCGGUCUUUCAGACCGAAACUGUUACUUGAACCUAGAAAGCCACAUUGCAUCCCUGUUGUGUCCUUUAGGUCAUUUCUCUUUUCCACAGACAGGCAGACCAAUUCAGGACACGGGAGGCACCCUAGAGAAUAGAGGCAGGCUCCUUCAAGUCCUGCCUUUUUGCUCUUCACAGCUGUUGUGUGAGCAGCAUGCUUCCAAAGUCAGAUUUCCUUCUUGAGACAGAGCCUGUUUACUUAAAACAGAUUACAUGAGCUUUGCUGUUUUCCUGGUCUUCCAAUUGCUGUCAUUGCUAGCUGCAGUGGUACUUGGAGAGAUGAGAUCUCUCACGGCCCUGGUCUAGAUUAUUUUAGGUGGGGUGAUACACAUGCAAGCUACUGAUGUGUGAAUAGGCAGUUGCAAUGAAAUUACUCCUCAGGCUGACUUGAUGGUAGCUAUCUUUUCUCUAGCCAUUCAUUAAAUAAACAUUUGUAAGUACUGUCUAUGUAUAAGUACUAAACGCCAAUAGAUUGCGUCACCUAAGCCCCAGUAAGUACCAUGAAGAUGCAGGUUUUGUGCUAGAUACUGAUCUUGCAGACAAGCCAAUUCCUGUUCUCAAGAAGUUCAUACCCAGACAUCUUUGCCGUUAACCACCCUUUUUGUUUGUUUGGUUUGUUUUUCGAGACAGGGUUUCUCUGUGUAGC